AUGGUAACAAGUAACAUUGGAUUUAUUCUUAAUUUCAUAACAAUCGUCGUCAAUGUCAUUUCAUGCUUCAUUUCAUUUUUAAUUGUACUUGGAACUGUGCACCAUCUAAGAUACUUAGCUGCGGUAUUUCUAAGCACCAUCUAUUGGAGUUUUGCUAAUCAGGCAUUCUUUCGUCUUUGCCGUAUUGUAUAUUCAACAAUUCAAUGGUUUCAAUACUAUUGGUUAUACAUCAUUAUUCCCCCUAUUGAAUUCAUUAUCCUGUGUCUCUUAUUUUGUCCACUUCUUCUCUGGCAUGAUAUCGUCUACAUAUCAACGGAAUACUACUGCAAUGUACGAAAUAGAAACAUUCGUGGAGUUAUUUGGCUGCUAUCGGUCGGCUAUGGAGGUCCGCUAUUGUUCCUAUUGGUCAUUUAUAUUCGUAUUGCACAAUACAUUUACCAACGAAGGAAUACUCAGACGUUGAUAGUUCGCCGACGCCAACAGCGUGAGCUUAUUGUCGUCCGACGUAUAUUUAUAACUGUCACUUUUCUUAUCAUUCUUCAAAUACCACGUACAAUCCUUUUCAUAAUGCUGUUCAUAACGGGAGACGAAUAUACUUACUUUGCGCGUGUUGAGUGGCUGUUUCUCGGUCUCUCCAUGAUUGGGUUAAGUUUGUCGAUGGCUUUUUCUACACCACAACUGAAAAAGAUUAUCAUGCAAACAUGGCAUUUUAAUCGUAUCAAGCCAGCAAAUGCGUUGACUGCAGCUGUACGUACAGCACAUUUGUGA